ACCAUCAGGCUCAGCAGAGCAUUCAGAGCGGAGCUCCGAAAAACCUAGAAAUUUCAGACGCAGAAAUGGAGGGCUCCAGCGGAGAAGAUGACGACGGUGAUGUGUUCGAAGUGGAGAAAAUAGUUGGCAUCUCCAAAAUAGAUGGACAGACUAUGUACAAAGUGCGUUGGGUCGGAUAUGGUCCCGCUAACGACACAUAUGAGCCGUAUGAUAAUCUCCUCAGCUGCGUGGAUAUGAUUGCUGACUAUGUCAGCCAGCAAAAAGAACAAAGGAAGAAGAGAGAGGAAGAAAAGAAAAAGAAAUAUGAUGUGAUUGUUAAGGAUAACCCCGAGGGCCCAAAGCUGAAGGAUCCUUUCUGGGAUGACCUUGAAAAAGGAAAGAUAAAUCUCCUCGAUGGUCAUGACAUGUACUCCAAGAUCAAGAGUGGACGCGCCGCUCGGCCAACCUCAUUCAAAGGUUCCAAGGAGCGCAGGCGACGAACGAAAACAGCAGACGCUGACGGCAAAGGUGGGAAAGUCGAGAAGCAUAAACGGUCAAAGACGUCAGGAGAUGGAGCGAGUAUUGAAGGGAAGAGGAAAUCUCAGAAGACAAUGCCAGCAGGUCAAAAGAAACGUAGCUCUGCAUCACAGGACAGUGUCAGUACGGUCGGUAGCCAUGGCAGCAAGGAAAGCUAUGAUGCAGGAGAAGAUGAAGGGUCUGUCAGCGGAGAUUCUGAUUCCUUGGGUUACUCACAUUCGUCGUUCGCAACGUCCCUUGGCAGCUUCGACGAUGCACGAUCUCAAUCGCAGUCUGUUGGUGAUGAAAUGACAGAAAGUUUAGCCUCCCAUGAGGACGGUGCUUCAAUGUCCCAAGAAUCUCUGAAAACUUCCCAGUCUGAUUCUGGUUUCACUGCCUCCAAGGAAUCAUCUCAAACCUCAUCUCAAAAUUCUGUCACGUCUGCCUGUGAGGUUACUAAGCCGCUGGAAAAAACACCAAAAGCUUUGGCCCAAAAAAUCACAAUGAGACCAGUGAAAACUGACUCUGUUGGAAGAAGCUUGAGUGAUGAUGAUGAUGACUUUCUGCCUGAUCUGUCCUAUGUCCCCAUCAGUAGUUCUUUACAGUACAGUCUGCCCAACCAGAAAGUCGAAAGAUCUAGAAUUCCUGAUAUGAAGCCCAAUUCUGCCAGCAUUAAGAAGUCUGAUAGUUCUGGUAGUGCAACUAAAAAGCCAGUUGCUCACAGUAAGAAAGGAAAAGAUACAAGUGAUGCAAAAUUUCGAAUUAAAUCUGACAUUAAAGACUCCAAAGGUUCUGCUGCAAAUGAUUCUGUUUUACCUGAUGUGACUACCGGAUCAAUGGUGCAAGAUUCUAGUGCAAAGGAGAAAAAGUCUGACACACAGUCUGUUAGGUCAUCUAGUGCCAAAGAGGUGAAAACAACAAAUAUGAAAAUAGCCAAGUCGGGUGCCAAAGAGAGUAAAUCCGAGAGGGAGACUACGCUGGCUGCUCCUGCUGCCAAGUCCUCUAGUGCACAAGUGACUAAAAGGGAAACAUCUCAAGCUGCUAGCAAGGUGACUGGCUCAAAGGAGAGUAAAAGUGAAAUGAAACAUGCUGCUGUCAAGUCGUCUGGUUCCAAAGACACCAAACUGGAAAGUGCGCAAGGAACUGCCAAGUCCUCUGCCAGCUCUGGUGUAAAAGACACCAAACUGGAAAGUGCGCAAGGAACUGCCAAGUCCUCUGCCAGCUCUGGUGUAAAAGACACCAAACUGGAAAGUGUGCAAGGAACUGCCAAAUCCUCUGCCAGCUCUGGUGUAAAAGAGACUAAAUCAGACACUACACAAGCUGCUUCUAAACUGGCUAUCAGGACGACAUCUUCUUCGAGAAGAAUUCAAGUCAUAGAGGCAAUGCCAAUUCUCAACCCAGAGCUUCCCGUCAUCAAAGGAAAACAACACAAGGAUGAUCAUAAGUCGUCGAGGCGAGCGAGUAAAGACGAUUCGCGGUCUUCCAAGCGUUCUCACCGUAGCUCUGUGGACACUGAGACCACGCCGAGAGUGAAAACAUGGGAGGAGCGGAGAGCUUCUAUUGAUAAUGCGGCAGAGGAAAAGGCUAAAAGUUGGGGGAAGUCAUCUGAAGAGAUUGAAAUGCUGGGAGAUAAAGAUAUGGAAGUCCUUGGUCUGGAGUUCGAUGAUAUUGCGAUGGACAUCGAUGAAUGGGAGAAAAAGGAGACUGCCAAUUCACUUAAUAGAUCAAGCAGUUUCUCCACCGAUUUGACAAUGUCAAUGGCUGAAGUGAAGAAUGCAGUGAAAUCUCAGGAUUACAGCCGACUCCGACAGGCAUUGUCUAACCCAGAGAAUUGUAAGAAGUAUAAUCUAGAGAGUUCAGAUUCAACUGGUCUGACUUUGCUGAUGAUCACUGCACAACUUGGGAACGUUGACAUUUGCGAGUUGUUAGUGACAAGUGGAGCCAGUGUAAAUGCAGUACAGAGAACAGGCAACACGCCUCUGAUACACGCUUGUGAAAAUGGUCAUCUGGUCGUUGUUGGAACUUUACUGGAGAUGGGUGCCUUCAUCAAUGUUCAAGGCAGUCAUGGAGAGACAGCAAUUAUUAAGGCUGUCCGACGCUGUCACAACCAGGUGGUGAGGUUGCUACUGAGUCACGGUGCGAGUAUUGCUACUCCGAGUAAUGAGGGAAUGACCGCCCUCAAGUUGGCAUCCAUCACCAAGAACACCGAGGCUCGUGAUCUGAUUACAGCCCACAUUUCAAAGCUAACCUCUGUGUUUGAGACCUCUAUCAACAUCAUACUUAACAACAAUGCCAAAGUUCUCAGUGCUCUCUUCCCAAUCCAGUGCUUCUGUCUGUACGAGGGAGAUCGAUUCAAGGUCAAUUUCAAACAUGAGCUCAACCCAACUGUCCCAGGUGGUGGAACACUGUUGUUCAUCGCACAUGCCAGGUUCAUUCCGGAGAUUCAGUGUUGGCUGUAUGGAUCGUGUGCUGUGAAGUCAGUGGUACUAAACGGGGUGGUACAGGCUCCCCUUACAGAGAAUACCUGUUUUGUGAUGUCGUUUAGUCCUCUUCAUAAUGGAGAUAAUGAACUGGAAAUACGGACCAUCUUUGCACCACGGUCUAGGGCCAAGCUUGUGGUGUGCGCAUACAAGGCUCUACUGAUUGGUUCACUUGAGUGAUUACCCAUUCGUAAGUUAGAAGUAGGACGGCCCAUUUCCUUCAAAUAAGGACGCAAUCUAUUCUUCCAGAAAUCUCUACGUUGAAAACAAUCAUUCAAUAUGGACAAGAAUUCUAAGUGAGUCAUAGACAGUCGCCGAGAAAACACUUGUUUGAUUUCAUAGAUUUUGUUCUGUCCAUGUCGAUUUGUAUAUGAUAGUGAAACAGUGAUACCUAUACUUCCAAUUGCAUUUAUGUGUUGUACCUUCAUACUGAAACUAUACAUGUUAAUAUAAGGUUGGUGUGGUUUAGCAGUGCUGGUUUUCUGUGCCUGUGAUGACAAACCCAUUCCUUCCUGUUUUCUCUCGGGCAUGCUGAGAAAAGGUGCACUUGUUAUCAUUUCCAACGCAUUUACUUUCAUUCUCAUCCUGUAGAUAUUGUCAUGACAUCCAUUUUUGUAUGCCAUUUUUGUGAGAGAGAGACGGAAUCAAGCGGCCCCAAUCACUGAUUACUCCACUGGGGCUCAAAAUGGAAUUUUUGUUCGAGAUCAAGUUUAAGGCUCUUGGGCUGGAUGUGGCCAUGGAGCAUUAGGCCAAGUGGGGAGGUUCCAGAGGCCUCAGUGCCUUCACCCUACAGCCCUGAAUCAUCAGUGAUCUUGGUUAUUGCUUUUCAGAAAAGCAAUGUGAUUGUCUCUGUGAUUUGCAGAGAAAAAAAUUGUCAACUUGUAUUAUUUUGUGAUGACAUGCGUUGUAAUUACCCAAUAUGUUCAGUUUAUGAGUAUUAUCGUUUAUUCCGUAAUCAUGUGAUCCUGUGAGAUCAGUUAGCCAAUUGUCAAGAACCUGUUCUGAGGUCCCUUGAGCAAUGAAAGUGGGUGACAUUCUUUAUAAGAAAAGAUGACAUAAAUCUUUGAGGACACGAGAUCAAGUUUGGAGAGUAGACUUUUUGAGAGUCUCCUUUUGGAGAAAUUCUUUAUUAAGCGUAUGUGACCCGUGACACUAAAUCGGUAUGUAAGUCGCCAGACCUGUUUUUGAUCAAUCACUGACAAUAAAUUAUGUAAAUUUUGAUCCACAUUCAGAUUAUGAUGUGACACAUCUGACUUUUUAUAUGAGUCACUGUUUGUCAAAAAUAGAAGUUCAAAUACAUACAAGGAAGUCCUCCCAAAGGAACAUUUUAUGGCUGACGUAUUGUCUGUCAUAAAAAGUUUGAUUUUCUCCAAUGUUGGUAAAAGCAUGUUGUUUUCUCUGAACAUUUUUAUGAAUAUCUGCGGCAGCACGAAAGAUACAAAGAUGGGAGAGGUGUCAAAGUAGAGCUUAAGCUACAUGUAUGUGAACAUAGGAAUAACUCCAUAUUCCCUGAAUGCGAAAUAACUACCCAUUUUAUAGGUAUUGGUCACAUGCGCCUAUUUGUGCUUCCAAUUCCCCGGUUUGGCAAGAAGAUAUUGCUAUUGAUGUUUUAUAUACUGGAAGGGCUAAUAAAGAAUUCAUUGUAUCUCUAACAUGACAUGUCUAAAGAUGGAAGUGUGGGCAUUCAGAAGGUGGUGAUAUUAGCUUAGAUACUUGAUUGAAUGGCUCAUCACUGGAAAAAUGCCUUAGAAAAAUAACAUGGUUGAAGAAUGGCAUUAGAAAAAAUAUCAAUCAUAGUUCAGGAGUUGUUUGAAGAAUAUUUUGAUUUGAAAGAAUUAUGUUGAAAAUGCCUUGAUUUGAUAUGAUUGAAACCAAAAGUGUCGGUAUUUCUCGAAUGCGUCUUGAACCAGUCGUUAUGUCAGCAACAUAUUCCUCGUUAAGAUUAAAGAUGUUUUAUUUGUUACACACCAUAAUUUUUGCAUCCAAUUCCAAAUUUAAAGCUGUAAAGGUCCAGUUAAGAGUCCAGUAAAAGACGUUUACAAUUGAGUUGGCCUUGCCCUCCUAUGUCAGUGCUCAGUUCAGCGAGUUUCUUUUUUGUGAAUUUGUUCAAAUCAAAGUUUAGCUGUCAAUUAUAAUGGUAACCAUUUGCCAGCAUUUAUAUAAUUUCAUCCGUUAUGAGUUUUUAAUAAA